UUGAGUCAUAAACUUGUAGUCAUAAAAUUCGGACUCGUGGCGUAAAUCUUUUGCUUGAUCAAAUGGCCUUAAUUGAUAACAAAUGACUGUCAAUUAAUUGUCCUAAUGCGAUUCGUGACCACUUAUUAGAAAAACUACAAGAAUUGUCAGUUUAUGACUAGUUUUAUGACAAACUCUGAUCGUCUUUUGUCCUUCCACAAGUUGCAGCCAACGCGAUUUCUUCAUCUGGUAAGUUGAGGGCCGCUUUGUGCCGUUACAGAGUGACUAGUAAUCACGUCGUCUGUGCAAAUUCACAAAACAACGCAAAAAUGCACACGUCACUCAUAAUCCUGUCUUUGGUGGUGUUCGUGGGGGCUAAAGACAUGAUGCGGAGCAUAGUUUUCGACAAGAACACCCCCGACGUGUUCUACUGCCCCAUCCAGAAGCCCUCAGGUUUUGACAAAAUGAUCGUCAAGGCGCGCCCUUUGAAAAAACUCUGCGAAUUCGAGGGUGAGCCCUUGCCCGACGACUACAAGAGCGACUGCUACCAAGACAUGGACGAGACCAAAUACGCAUGCAAAGAAAAAUACCGAAUUAUGAAACGGCUCAAAAAGGCUUCAGAGGAAUAACAACGCUUUCAUUAACCCCCUCCCCCCCCCAUCUCGCUUCAUUAACUUAAUUAGUAUUAUUUAUUGUAGUGGUUGUAGGGUUUCCUCCCCUUUUUCCCCUUUAAUCGACGUUCUGAAGAUGGGUACGUAACAGAUAAUAACGAAAGAGGGCGCUGCUUGCUUGGGUGGUGACUGAUUUUGUGACGUCAUCUCACUGUAAUUUUUGACAGAUGCGGAUGCAUCCGCCCGGAACCGACGACCCGUUCGAUGGUAAAAGACUCGCGAGAUUUAUUGACGUUGAUAAGGAAUUUUACGUAAUGAAGAUUGAUAAGAAGACUCAUUUGAAGAAUAGGUUGGGCUGACGUAGCUGUAGUCACUUCCACUAACUGUAAAUACUAAAAUUGUUAAUAAAGUUUUUUCAUUACUACA